AUGUUAAGCCCGAAGGAUAUGCCCAGCUACGAUCCUGAUGAAGCCUCCGGUCAAGUGAUGACCGUGUUCAAAUAUAUUGAGGAUAAGGAUGUCUUUCAAAAAUUUUAUAGCAAAACUUUGGCUCGGCGCCUUGUAAACAAUCAGUCCAGUUCUGAAGAUGCCGAGGCUUCUAUGAUCUCAAAAUUGAAAGAAGCAUGUGGUUUCGAGUACACAGCCAAGCUGCAGCGUAUGUUCCAAGAUGUGAAUUCCACUCGUGAACUGAAUGCUAAAUUCCUCAACUACCUACAGAAUCAAGAUCCUGCUGUCAUUAGUAUUCCCAAAGGCUUGCCGUAUUUCGCUGUGGAUCGCACGUGCUCUCGUUAA